AUGAUUGAUAUAGAAUUAUGUAAUAAUGUAAUAAUAAAAGAAUUUAAUCCAGAAAAUGUACUUUAUAGAGGUGAAGCAUUUAUAGGUGGACCAGCAGGUCAAUUAUUACAAGGUAUAAUAGAUUUAUAUGAUAAUGAAGGAUAUCAUAUAAAAAAUUCAUUAAAUUAUUUAAUACCAACAUUACAUUAUCAAUCCAAUGAAUUCAAUACCAAUAAAUACAAUGAAUUCAAUACCAACAAAUCAACUACUAAUGGAAUUACUAAUGAAAUUAAUGAUGAUUUGAAUGGAAAUAUUAAUUUAAUUAAAAAUUCUGAUGGUUCAUUAACUGUAUCAUUACUUAAAAAUAAUAUUGCUGCACCUAAAGUAGCUACUGGUACUACUGAAGAAAAUGUUAGUACUAAAAUUGCUGCUAAUGUAGCUACUGGUAGUACUGAAGAAAAUAAUAGUACUAAAAUUGCUGCUGUUAUUGCUGCACCUAAAGUAGUUACUACUAAGGGAGGUUCAGGUACUAAGGUUAGUAGUACUAAUAAUAAUACUAUUAGUACUAAGGAUAGUACAGUUGUACUAAAGCUCCGUUACGGUGGAAAAUUCUACUAUCCAAAUUGCUGCUGUAAUUGCUGCACCUAA